UACCGGACGCUAAGCAUUUAAUACCUGGCUUUAAGCUGGGCGAGGGGACGAGCCGCGCAGUUUCCCCCUCUUGUUAAAAAGAGACGUUCUGCGAGGGAGCUGUGAUGCCAGUUGCCGACAGCGACAUGGUGGUGGACAGCAGCCACGGGUCACACGAGGGUAAAACCCCAAGCAGCGCCGGGAGCGACGGCGUCCUCCCGGCCUCCCUAUGCAGUCCCGCAGCGGACAUCCUCAAGAACUUUUACCACACCAAGCGGGUCGGGAACUACCUGAUCGGGAGGAAGCUGGGAGAAGGAUCGUUCGCCAAAGUUAGAGAAGGUCUCCACGCGUUGACUGGGGAAAAGGUGGCGGUGAAGGUGAUCGACAAGCGGAAGGCCAAGAAGGACUCGUAUGUGACCAAGAACCUGCGGAGGGAGGGCCACAUCCAGCAGAUGAUCCGCCACCCCAACAUCACGCAGCUGCUGGACAUUCUGGAGACGGAGAACAGCUACUACCUGGUCAUGGAGCUGUGCCCCGGCGGCAACCUCAUGAACCGCAUCUAUGAUAAGAAACGCCUGGAUGAGAGAGAGACUCAGAAAUACAUUCGGCAGUUGGUGCUGGCCGUUGAGCACCUGCACAGGGCGGGUGUGGUGCACAGGGACUUGAAGAUAGAAAACCUCCUGCUGGAUGAGCAGGACAACAUAAAGCUCAUAGAUUUUGGCCUCAGUAACUGCGCCGGCAUCUUGGGAUACUCGGACCCAUUCAGCACCCAGUGUGGAAGUCCGGCCUACGCUGCCCCAGAGCUGCUCUCCAGGAAGAAGUACGGGCCGAAGGUGGAUGUCUGGUCCAUCGGUGUGAACAUGUAUGCGAUGUUGACUGGGACUCUCCCGUUCACCGUGGAGCCCUUCAGCCUGCGAGCCCUGCACCAGAAGAUGGUGGACAAGGAGAUGAAUCCUCUACCUCCCUCGCUCUCCACAGCUGCCAUCUGUCUUCUGAAGAAGCUUCUUGAGCCAGAUCCCAACAAGCGUCCCAACAUCCAUCAGGUGAUGGCUGAUUCCUGGCUACAGCUGGCCAACAAGAACACAGGGGCACCGUACCUCAACAGAAUCCACAUUGAGGAAAUCAACCACACGGUGUUGCUGCAUAUGACAGAGAAGAUGAGCUACAAGCACAGCGAGGUGCUGAGUGCUGUCCUCACCAACCGGGCCUGCCACACUUUGGCUGUCUACUUCCUACUCAACAAGAAAAUGAAGAGACUCUCCAAAGAGUACAGGGAGAUGCAGUUCCAGGAGAAAAAGAAAGGAGAGAAGCAGAAAAGUGAAUACUUCCAGACCCAGUGGAGGAAGCACGUCGACAAGCUCACCAUUCCCCCCAAACAGACGCCCGUCUACCUGGCCGUUAGCAAGGGGCCGAGCAAGGAGAAGAAACACAGAACAGGUCUAUUGCGUGCCAUCACUGGAGGCCAUCGUAAUUCACCUCUGGCACCACCGGGCACCGUGGCUUCUUCUUCUAUGGAGUAUUUAGAGAUCCAUCCUCUCUUUCACAACACCCCUCAGCAACGCAGGCGCUUGGCCACGCUCCCGCAAGUCAACACAAGCCCAGAACACAACAUACCCGCUCCGCCAGCGCCAUCACCGAUCGGCAUGCAUUCUUUCGGCUCCCUCUCCAAAGCGGAGCAAAUUGAGGACACCCCGGCCUCGCCCUGGUACAAGCUGACCAACGGGACUCUGUCCCCGCCCCGCCACGUCUCUGCCUUCCAACCCGACUCCUCGUACUUGAAGAAGGCCACGAUACCCAGUCCUCCCGUCCUCAUCGUCAACCCACAGCCGAAGAAGAGCAUCUCGUCAGAUUGGUGUGGUUCUUCCGAUACCAGCGGCAGCCCGCCCAGCACUGUAGGAAGCCCCCCAGGCAGCUCAGCUUUCAGCCCUCCAAAGUCCGCCUUUAGUCCCCUCAACCCCACCUCUGCAUUCAGCCCUCCUUCCAACAGCAGCAGCAGUGAUCCCGACAGCCCGACGCACCGCAGCAAGUUCCCCUCUAUGGGAAUCGGACAGAUCCUAAAGAAGAAGGUCCAGCUGCAGCCGUUCACCUUCCGGCCAGAGCAGGUCGUUGAGGAAGUGGUGUCCCCGCCUCCCUACCCCAUGCAGACUCUCCUCUGUGCUUCAGGUGCACUCAAGACCCUCUGCUGAGGGACACAAGACGAAAGAAAAAUGAAAGAAAGACAGACUGAACUCAAGGCCCCUCUCAACAUUUUGUUGAAGUUAGAGUGGUCUUCCAGAGCGGCCUUUUGAACUGUUCCUUUAUUGCGACUGAGCCACUUUUCGUGACGGACAUUUAAAAAAGAAAAAAAGAAGGGGCUUAAAAAUGUUUUAUCUCUUGUUACCGCUCUCAUUAUGUAAUAAGAGGUGGUGACACUGAGAAGAUGAGAUUUGAAACAGAUCCCUGAGGGAUGACUAAACCUCGCUGUGUCCUAGAUACAGAGAGGACACGGGACAUCAUGUAAUAUGGGCCUUGCCAACAAGGUGUACACACACAUGCACAUCCAUACACAUAAAACACUGUAUUAUACACUGAGCUAGAGAUACUCUCUUAUGUAAUAUUGCUGUAACUGGUUACUAAUUGAGCCGCAAACUGAUUCACACCAGCUAACAGACCCCGACCCUAACCCUGACUACAUGUGUAAAUGUUUUGUCUCUGUGAAAACUCUCUAAGAUACCCACUGACUUCCAGCCAGCUGGCACUGUCUCCUCAAUGCUGACUGGAUGUAGAACCUCGCUGCACUAUUCUUAAAAACCAAAACCUAUAGUAACAAUGGCGUUUACCAUCUUUUACCUCACUGCAUUUAUUCAUAUAUUAAUGUACAACAGCAGUCGAUUGUGACGUGCUUGUGUGGAUCUUGCCACAGCGUUGCAGUGUCUGAGCGAUAGUGCCAUUAGAGUCAACACACUCAAAUAGAGGUAGGUACUAAGAGUAGAGUCGUACUCUCACUUUUUAUUGUCAAACUAUCACUCAACACUGAUAAUAAUUCACAGCUAUAACUUUUUCUAUACAAGUGUUGCAUCACCUCUACAACCCACAGGGAAACUGUAAAACUGUCUUUUAGUUAUGACUCUCUCACAGGAGGAUGUGCUUGUUCGUAGUCAGUUUUGAAAAAAAAAAGAAAAAGAAAAGAUAAAAAACAGAGCAUCAAAAGCCUUAUGAAACUGAUCAACCUCGCCAGUGGCUGAGGAUCUGAAAGUGGGAAGAACUGCUACUAGGAUCACGUAACAUCCAUGAAAAUAAUUCACUUCCUUUUGUCUUAAUGCUGUAGUCUGUGCAAUAGUCUUAAGUGUUAACUGCAAUGACGAGUAUUUGCCAAGAGCUCUCUGAGAGCGAUGUGAAAAUUGUGCUUGUAAAUAACGGUGCGACUCCUGUGUUCCUGUCACUUCUGUACGAAGCGAUUCUAUAACGUUUGUUGGCAUUUUCACAUGUCGGUGGCUUCAGAAAACGAUUUGACUCUACAAAAAGGCUUCCACAUGCACACGAGGCUUCUCACUGUUAAGGUACUGUAGAAUCUCUUCCUGUCCAAAUGAAAAGUUGCAUGCAAUGUUUCACGAGUCGAACUGUGCUGUCAGCAUUUGAAGAUUACGUCUUUGUACCUUUUUUCUGGUUGAUACUGAGAUUGAUACAGACUCGGGGGUUCUUUUGUAAGAUUUUUUAAUGGAUGGUUUUGUUUGAGUGUCGAGA